AUGGCGCCCGACCCCUUCCCCCUGGUGCUGCCCUCCAACUUUUUCGAGGAGACCAGCCAAGAGCGCCCGGCGGGCCGCCGGGCCGCUCGCCGACGUGCCCAGCGGGACUGGACGCGGAGGGCGACCGAGGACAUCUUCUCGAGCCUGAACGCGCUGGCCGCCGCACGAGCGCCACGCGCCCCCCAGCCUGGACGGGCGCGCCAGACUUCCACGCCGACCCCUUCGCAGGAGUCCGCGUUAGACCGUGUGGUUCGAUCGGUUGCUCGGCAUGGCCAGCCGCCGGCCGACCUCCGGCCACGAGAGGCCUUCCAGGAGCUUCUCACUUCCAGCAACAUCUACUCCGAGGAGGGUCGGCUCACCGUUCGGCCCUUCGACCAGGACAAGGUUCCCCUUCUGCAGGGCUCCGCGGAGCCUCGGGAGGCGCUCGACCUCGUCCCCGAUCACGUUCGACAAGUUCUGAUGGAGCCGAGCCGGUCCCUGGAGCGUCACUCCGACGAGCUGGCGGGCGAGCCCCAUGUCGAGCCGUGCUGGGGCCCCCUCCUGAACCCAAGGGUCCGGGCCAAUCGCCCACGCCUGCUUGCGCUGCUCCGCCGCCUGGCCGACGUGGGGAUCGUGGUCGCCCCCCGUCGGAAGAAGGUGACCGUGGGUCUGUUUUUCGUCGAGAAGAAGGGGGGCCGUCUCCGCAUGAUCACCAGCAUGGCGUCGGUCGAGGCCCUCGCAGCAGUGCAAGUGGGAACCGACUGGCGGCAGCGCUGUACGGUGAGCUCGGACGAGGCCGCCCUGCACGCGGCCACGGUCGACUUGAAGGGCGGCUUCCACCAGUUCAAGAUCCCGCACCUGUCCGAGUGGUUCGUGUUCGACUUGCCGGGCGUCCGCGCGAUGGCCCUCGGCGUGCAGCAGUUCUACGACGGCGACGGUCGACGUCGGGACUACGUUGGGCCCGCCAACGGCGGGCUGGCGAUGGGUUGGUCUUGGGCUCUCUGGAUAUGCCACGAGACGCUCGCACGCGCGAUGAAGAUCUCGGCGAGCCCGAGCGACGCCAUGGUGCUGGACAAGGCGCCAGCGGCACACUUGCGGCCCGGCAUGGUGGGCGACUUCCCGUUCGUCGACAACGCCAACGUCAUCGGGCUCGAGCGCGAGGUCGCGCAGGCUCGGCUCGACCGCGUGACCGAGGCCCUCGACCUGCUCGGGUUGAAGUGGCACGAGAAGCAGGGCGCGGGGGUCGAGGUGGAGAUCCCGGGCGUCAUCGUGGACGGCGUGCAGGGCCUGGCGCGGCCCGAGCCGAAGCGGCUGCGGCGGCUGUGCGGUGGCAUGACCUUCCUCCUGAAGAGGCGGAAGGCCGCGGGCUGGCAGGUGCGCGCGGUCCUGGGCCACUUGGCAUCCUUCUUCCAGCUGCUCAGGCCCGGGCUCUCAGUCUUCCGUGCCCUCUACGACUUCGCCCAGGAGGGCCUCGGGGAGGUCCGCGAGCUGCCGACGGGGGCGCUGCAGGAGCUGCGGAUAGCCCGGUCGAUCCUCUUCAUGGCCGCUGGCCGCUGGGGGUUGCCAGCCUGCCCCGUCGCGUUCGUGGCGGACGCCUCCAUGAAGGGCCGCGCGCUGCUGGGGACCGACAUCUCGGCGGACGAGGUUCACGAUCUCUGCCGCUUCCGGGAGCGGGCAGGUUUCAGCAGGCGGGGGAAGUUCGUGGAGCGGGGGCGCGACGGCUUCCGGGGCUCGCUCGCGAUCGGCGACGCUGGCGUGGGCUGGUCGACUCGAGAUGGCGGCCGCCGCGCUUGGCGCGACGCCAGCCGCAUCCACGACUACGAGGCGCGCUGUGGGCUGAUGGGCCUGGCGCGGGCGGCCAGCUACGCCCCGUACCACGACGCGGAGCUGCUCUCGGCCGGGGGCAACCUGGGCUCCGCCCUAGCCUUCGAGAAGGGCCGGGCGGCGAACAGGGAGCUCCUCGCCCAAUGCCGGCGGGCUGCCGCGUUGCAGCUGGCCUCCGGCACCGUGCGGCGGCAGCGCCACGUCGAGGGCGCGCGGGGCGCAGCGGGCUACAUGAGCCGCGCCGCGGACCGCGGUCUGCUGCAGCCCAACUUG